AUGGCCCUGAGCCCAGGGGCUAGUCUGACUCCUAGUGAAAACCCCAAGAUGACACCAAAUCUCAACUCCAGUGAGGCCUGUGAUUUAGGCUCUGCUGUUGUCUCUGUGCCCAGCCCAGACGUGGCCCUUGUUCCUAUUGCAAAUCCACCCUUGAGCUCUAGCUUGCUUCUUGUUCCAGCUCUUAACCCAGUUUUGAGUCCCAUCUCAAGGGAAGCUCUGGACCUGGAGUCUGGUAACACUUCCAGACCGGAGGAUACUAGAAUCCUGGUUCCCAUAUCCCUCCAAACUACUAGUUCUCAGUCUACUGAGGAUCUGGCCUCGAAUUUGAAUCACAUCUCAAAUUCCAAUUCCUGCGGCAUCCUAUGUCCAACCUCAAAUCUCAUUUUGAGCCCUGACUCCACAGACACCCCUGACCUGGGCUCCGGCAAUCAUUCUGAGCCAAAUUCUGAGGAGACCUGUUCUCCACCAACUGAGGUUUUUGAUUUGGGUCAGAGGAACUCCAAUCCUUCCAGGCCUGAAUCAAACUCAUUUAUAAGGACCCAUUCUAAAGAAGCCCUAGUUAUGGGCCACAGUAUCUCCAGGCCAAGCUCAAAGGAGCUGCUUAUUCCAGCCUUGAACAAUUCCCUCAAUCCUGACUCAGAAAAUGUCACUAAGUUGGAUCUGGAUGCUACUUCAGGGACUCCCACCCCAGACACAAGUGAUAACAUCACUUUGACUUCCAGUAACAUCUCUGUGGUUGCUUCUAAAAAAGCCUUAGGUGCAACCUGGAACACAGGCUCCCAGAACACCCUCAAUGCACUUUCAAAUGACAACCCCAGAUGUCAGGGCAACAUAAGCUUCACUAGGUCUUCACGUGUGACCCUGAAUCCCAGAUCCACUGACAGCAUCAGCCUGCGUUCCAGCUCUCAGGGGCCCAACUCCGCCCUCUCUCCGUCUUCAUGCAUGACUCUGAUCCUGGGCUCCAAUGAGUCCCUGAGCAUGAGCUCCAGCCUCAUCUUCAGCGACACCUCCACCUUGACGCUGAGCAGUCAGCAGGAGUAUUCUGAGGACAACAGUGUUUGCAACAUGACCCUAAAUGGAAAUCUGGAUGAGGACAUCUGGAGUGAGGGGGCCAGCGUCAAUGUGGACAAGUGUCCCCUGAGUUUCCGUACUGCUGAUGCCAUGGACAAGGACACCACAGUCUUCCAAAAUAUUCCUCAAGGAAUCUUCGAUGAAGUGCCCUUAUGCCUGGUCAAGAUGCCUGGGAAGGGAGAGGAUGACAGCAAGAUGGUUCCGAUGGGGAAUGCCAUCACGCUCCAGAAGAGUCCGAAUCUGCUGGAAGCAGCAGGAGAAAAGAAGACUGUGAUGAAGAAGAUGAUGAGACAGAUCCAGGAGGAGCCGCUGGAUUCGCUCUCGAGCAAUGUCCGCCAGAAGGCCAUGGAGACCCUGACCCAGCUGAGCCACACUCAGCCUAUCCUGGGGUUGCAGGAGAAGUCAGAGCUGGUGAACAUAUGUGUGAAGAGCGUGUUCUCCCUGCCUUCCGUGCAGGCCAUGCAGGAGAAAGAUGAGGUCCAAGCUGAGUCUAUACGGAUACUUUACCAUCAGACCCUGCAUGCCCUUCAGACACUGCUCAAUGCUCUCUUCGUUGAGGAUCCCACUCCUACUGGGAUGAAGAGCAUCUUGGAGGCCCUGGGGCCCUGGAUGAACUCUGAGAAAGCCCACGAGAGAGCACGGGCUGUGAACAGCAAUGUCUCUGUGCUGAACCACACGCUUCUGACCUUGCCGUACUUUAUAUCCUCUGGGUUCCCGGCCCUGGGGCUCCUGCUGGGAAGGCUCCUCCUCCGCAUUGGGGAUCCUGAUGAGGAGAUUGGUCGGAAAGCGCUGGAUGGUAUCAUUAUUCUGUACACCAUCCUGGAGCUCCAAAAACGAACCAGAGACAAGGAGGAGACGAACAAGAGAGAGCUGUAUGAAAGCAACAAGCGCUUCCUGGGGCCCUACAACCCCAAAAGCCCCUGCCAGAACAUCCUGCGCAUCAUCGCGGAAUUUGGGGACUUCCUGGGGCCCCAACAGGUGAAAGACUUGAUGUUGGCAGCCCUGGAAGGGCUGAAGGGUGGCCCAGAGGCUUCCAGGAAGGCCUUGGUGGAGAUGAUGCAGCUGGCCUCGGAGGUCACACUCAGCUCAGUGCUGGAGUGGUACCGGCACAGGGUGCUGGAGGUGAUCCCAGAAAUCAUGCAGGGCAUCUACGCGCAGCUGAGCCACAUUCAGGAGCCGCGGGCCCGCGAGGUGGCCCUGCUGCCCGUCUCCCUCCUGGCCAGCUCCUUCAUGACUGAGGUGGUUGUGGCCCUGCUUAUGUGCCCCCUACCAUUGGACAGCAAUGGAGCAGAAAUGUGGAGACAGCUGAUACUGCGUAAGCCCAGCUGUGAUACCCGAGACCUCCUGGAUCUGCUCCUGACCAGCGUGAAGGAGAAGCCUGUCACCAAGAAGGGCAGGACCUCCAUUGUACCCCUGGCGGCAGCCAGCGGCCUGUGCGAGCUCCUCUCUGUCAACAGCUGUGUGGGCCGAGUGAGGCGUAUCUACCCCCAGCUGCUGCUGGCCCUGCUAGUUCAGGUGCAUUACCACAUUGGCCUGAACUUGCCUGGCCGCCCAGACUGCAGCAAGGACACCAGGAAGGAUGCACAGCCCUCUGCCUUCGUGCCUGUCUGCUGGGUGGUGAAAGUGGUGAAAACGCUUCUACUGAAGAUGGGCUGCUCCUAUGAGGCCACCUUCUUGGAGGAUCAGGGCGGCUGGGAGUUCCUGGGGCAGGCUGAGAACCACCACCGAGGAGUGUCGCUGCUGGCAAGGGCCAUGGUGCACUACUCCUGCCAGGAGCUGUCCCGCAUCCUCUACCUGCUCAUCCCGCUGCUGGAGCGAGGCGACGAGAAGCACAAGAUCACCGCCACUGCCUUCUUCGUGGAGCUCCUCCGGAUGGAGCAGGUGCGGCGGAUCCCUGAGGAGUACUCUCUGGGGCGGAUGGCGGAAGGCCUGAGCCACCGAGACCCCAUCAUGAAGGUGCUGUCCAUCCGAGGCCUGGUCAACCUGGCCUGCAGGACUGAGAAGACAGCCAAGGUACAGGCCCUCCUGCCCUCCAUGGUGAAGGGCCUGCAGAGCGUGGAUGGGCAGCUGGUGGUGGAAGCAGUCCACAACCUCAAGGUCCUCUUCAAGGGUCAGGACCGGAAGUUUUUUGAAUAUUCAGUCUAUGUGGAGAUGUUGCAAAUCCUGCUGCCGCACUUCAGUGACUCCCGAGAGCAAGUGCGUUCCUCAUGCAUCAACAUGUAUGGGAAAGUGGUCCAGAAGCUGCGGGCCCCUCGCACCCACGCCAUGGAGGAGCAGCUGAUCAACACCUUGGUGCCCCUACUGCUGGUCAAGCAAGAGGGCAACGCCAAGGUGACCCAGGAAUGUGUGAAGACGCUGUUCCGCUGUUCUUGCUUCAUGGGUUGGGAGCUGCCAAAAAGAGUGUACAGCCGCAAGUCUUGGGACAACCGUAAGAAGACAGUGGCCAAAAUCUGCCAGUACCUUAUGAGAACCCAUCAAGACAGUGCUUUCAAGUUUCUCAGCCAGAGCCUGGAAUAUGCCAAGAACUCCCGGGCCUCCCUCCGCAAGUCCUCAGUCAUAUUCAUAGGAUCCCUGGUCCCCUGUAUGGAAAGCAUAAUGACAGAAGAUUAUCUGAAUAAAGUUAGAACUGCUCUGGAAAACCUGAGACAUGACCCAGAAGCAUCAGUGUGCAUCUAUGCAGCCCAGGCCCAGGAACACAUCCUGGCCAGCUGCCAGCGGAACUCCUGGCCGGUGCCUCAUGGGGACUCGUGGGUGUGCAACCAGGCUGCCACGCACCACUGGAACCCCAGCUGCGAGAACCUGUCCACUUCCCAUCAACGACGCUCCUGGAUCAUGCAGGCACUAAAUUCCUGGAAGAUGUCCCUGAAGCAGUGA